CGCGCUGCGGCGCCGGCCGGAGUCUGGCCGCUGUAGUGCGCAUGCGGGCGGCUGGCGCAGGCCCGGCAGUCGCUGCCGUCGCUCCGGCCCCUUCUCUGCUCUGCCACGUACGGGCGGCGGCGGCGGCGCCGUGCCCGGGCUCGGGUUCGGACUCGGACGGGGCGGGGGGCCUCCACCGGCGGGACCGCGAAGAAGGCAGACUUCCUGUUUUCUGGCACUGAUAGUGCAUGGCGGCUUAUCCUAACUCUGUCCUGAAGUGAGGUGGGAAAUCUGUCCGAUUAUCCAGCAUCAGUAAGGCAGACAAGGUCUGCAGGCGAUAAGGAAUCCAUCAUGAAUGGGCAGUUGGACUUAAGUGGGAAGCUGAUCAUCAAAGCUCAGCUUGGGGAAGAUAUUAGGAGAAUUCCUAUCCAUAAUGAAGAUAUUACCUAUGAUGAAUUGGUGCUAAUGAUGCAAAGAGUUUUUAGAGGAAAACUUCUGAGUAAUGAUGAAGUCACAAUAAAAUAUAAAGAUGAAGAUGGAGAUCUUAUAACAAUUUUUGAUAGCUCAGAUCUUUCCUUUGCAAUUCAGUGCAGUAGGAUACUUAAGCUGACAUUGUUUGUGAAUGGACAGCCAAGACCCCUAGAAUCUAAUCAAGUGAAAUACCUACGUCGAGAGCUGAUAGAACUUCGCAAUAAAGUCAAUCGUUUACUGGACUGUUUAGAACCACCAGCUGAAACAGGGCUUUCCAGUAAUCUCCCUGAAAGUGAUGCUGUAGAUGGUAGGGAAGAAAAGCCUGCUGCUGCUGACUCUAAUGUUAAGCCGUCUACUCAAGUUAUAGCAGCAAGCAUGUCUGCAUUUGAUCCGCUAAAGAACCAGGAUGAAAUCAGCAAGAAUGUCAUGUCAGCAUUUGGCUUGACAGAUGAUCAGGUGUCAGGACCACCCAGUGCCCCUGCAGAAGAGCGAUCGGGAACACCAGACAGCAUUGCUUCCUCCUCUUCUGCAGCCCAUCCCCCUGGUGUUCAGGCACAGCAGCCACCGUACCCCGGAACACAGCCGCAGGCUGGUCAGGUGGAGGGUCAGAUGUAUCAACAGUACCAGCAGCCUGGUUAUCCUGCUCAGCAGCCGCAGGCUCAGCCUCAGCAGCAGUACGGUAUGCAGUACCCAGCCGGCUACAGCCAGCAGCAAGCCCCCUCGCCGCAAGCCCAGCAGUUCCCGGCCUACAGCCAGGCCCCGGCCCCGGCCCCGGCCCCGGCCGCCGCCUUCCCCGGGCCGGCGCCGCAGCUGCCGCCGCCGCAGUACCCGGGGGCGGGGGCGGGCGGGGCGGGGGGCGGCAGCUACCCCCCGCAGCCCUACGCCGCCGCCCAGGCCUCGCAGCCCGCGCCCUACAGCGGCCCCCCCGCCUCCCAGCCGGCCCCCGCCGCCGCCGCCCCCGCCGCCGCCUACCAGCCCCGGCCCGGCUUCACCCCGCCGCCCGGCGGGCCCAACCCCUACGCCCGAAACCGGCCCCCCUUCGGCCCCCAGGGCUACACCCAGCCCGGGCCGGGCUACCGCUAGGCCGGGGGCGGCCGGCCGGCACCCGCCCCCCAGCCCAGCCCAGCCGGCCCCGGGAGCUCCAGCCGAGGUUCCGAACCUACCGGUCACCGGGUGAAACGAUGGCUGCCAGGUAAAUGCUGCUGGGGGAGGGGGCGACCGACCCAACCUUUCCUGCUUUAAAUUGUAUCUGCUUCCUAGUUUAAUUUGGGGCCGGGUUGUCUUUGGGAGGCACUACCUACAUGUCUGUAAAGUGAGUGACGGUCGAGCUCGCCUUGGUGGAAGGAUAUGAAGAUGCUAGUUGGCAGUCUAGCCCACUUGCCAGGCUUGUUUUUACUAAUACCAUGAUGUACUAAAUUAGAUUUGUCCUGGAGGUAAAACUAGAUACAAUGUAUUAUAAAUUGUAAUGCUCACGUGGAAAAACUAAUAAAAAAAAUCCCCGAACCUAC